AUGCUUCCCUGUCCUUACUGCUGCGUUAUUUUUUACUGUUCUGAGAGAUGUGCAUAGCAAGACUGGUUUAAAUCUCACUAGUUUAAAUGUAAUGGAGCUAUUAAAAAUGCUGCAUUCAUUGAUGAGGAUGAAGUUGCAAGAAUAGAAGAAACUACGCCAUUCAUUAAAGAGGGUCACAUAGUAGAGAUGGGAGUUGUUGAUGGCAUAAAUUCUCAAGAAGAAUAAGAAUUCAUCAAUAUCAAGAUGAGCGAUAUAGAGUUUAUUAAGCAAGGAAACUAUCAGCUGGGUAAGGGUUCUUACGGAGAAGUCCAACUUGCUCAGCAUAAGAAAAGCGGAAAGAAGUUAGCAAUUAAGAAAAUAAAUAAAUAAUCCCUUGCAAACAAAAAAAUUAAAGCUACACUUAUGAGGGAGGUAGAGAUACAUAAGAAACUUCAACAUGAGAAUAUAAUCAGACUUUAUACCUCUGUUGAGGAUGAUAAGUUUAUAUACUUGAUAUUGGAGUAUGCUGCCAAAGGAAAUUUGUUUUACUUAAUUAGAAACAGAAAAUUUCUAUCUGAGGACGAGGCAUUUUACUUUUUCAUAUAAUGCAUAUCUGGCUUGUACUUUCUUCAUAAAAAUGGAAUGAUUCAUAGAGAUUUAAAGCCUGAAAAUUUGCUAAUAAAUGAUGAAAACAUAUUAAAGAUAUGUGAUUUCGGAUGGUGUGUGUAAGCAAGUGAUUAGCAAUAAAGAAAUACAUUUUGCGGCACACUAGAAUAUAUGCCUCCAGAAAUGCUUGAAAAUUAACCUCAUAAUCAUACUCUUGAUAUUUGGUGCAUGGGGAUCUUGCUUUAUGAACUUGUCCACGGGAAUGCACCGUUUUCUGGAUAAAAUCCUCGAGAUAUGAUUGAUUAAAUCAAAGCCAGAAAAAUUAAAUGGAAAUCUUCUUGUUCAAAGGAUUAUAAAGACUUAGUUGAAAAACUUCUAUAGAAUGAUCCUAAUAAAAGAAUACCAAUAAUAAAAAUAUUUGAUCAUCCCUGGAUAAGACACUUCGAAGUAAAGUUUAAUCUUAAAAAAUAACCCUCUCCUUAACCAGUCCCUAAGAAUCAGCCAGAAUAGAAUAAUAAGGUGAUAGUAUAGUCAUAGUCAUCUAGAGCAUUCUCACAGUAGCAGACAGAAGGUUAAUAGCAAUAAUAAUUUACCAGCAAUUCUUCGAAAUAUUCAACUUCAAGUUCAAAUUAAAAUAAAUAAUUUCAAAAGAGCUCUCAAUCAGAUUAUAACGAUUAAUUAAGAAUGUAAUAAGAACCAAAGGUUAUCAAGCCAACCUAAUAGAUUCAGCUUAUUGACAGGGUUGAAUCUGAUUUAUCUUAAAACUGGGGAUUAAGUGAUAGGUCAAAUUCAAUUAUGCAGGAUAUAAUGAACCAGUCAUCAAUUAAUGGAGUUACACCUGGAUAAGUCUAGCAAUAAUAAAACAUUAAUAAUUCUAAGAUGAUAUUUAAUGCUAGUAGCUUCUAAGAAAAUGGACUUAUUCUAGAAGACGAAUAUAUUGAAGAAGAAUAAGAUGUUAUGAAAGAAUUAGAGGAAUUCGUUUAGCCCUAGAAAAAACCAAGAAAAUAUAAGAAAGGCAGAAAGGUUGAAGGAGAAAAUGAUGACGUUUAUGAUCUUUGCAAUUAGUUUUUGAGUGAUCUUAGCUAUCUUGACUUUCAACUUGAAAAUAGGUAGUCAAGAGUUUCACAGCAGCCAAGUGAACAUCAUACUGCAAAAUUUAAGUAAGAGCCAGCACAAAGUGUGCUAAGUGAUUAAAAAGUUGAGAAUAGAAGAUCUUAAAAAUAAAAUCUUUUCAGUUCUAAUAGAUCAUCAUAAGUAUUAUUAGUGACAAACAAGAGAGAAUCUAUAUAAAAUCCAAUAGUACUAAGUAAUUAAAAAGGGUAGAUUAUUUCAGAAAAACCAAUUAUUGAAAGGUAAAAAGACAGUGAUAAAAAAUUAGUUGAUUAUGAUAAAAUAAGGCAAGAGUAGAUGAAAAAACUAGACUCGCUCUAUGAUAACAUUGACUAAAAACUAAUGGAUGAAGAUGGAUUAAAGCAAGAAGUUAAGGAUUAUAUGAAAUCAAGUAAAUCUUACAAGAAAUAAUUUAAGGAAAAUAAUGAAAAAGGUUUUAGUAAUAGUAAAAAAGAGGAUCCAAACGAGAGUUGGUCUCCAAAAAAUCAUGAGAUUAUCAAUGAUUUCAAGAAAAGCUCACCAAAAAGUAGGAUACCUGAUCUCUGGGAUUGUGAAAGAAGAAAAAAUGAUAAGUAGAAUCUUAGAAAUAUUCCAUUAGGGGAAAAAGAAGCUCAAGAGUGGAUUAAGUCUAGGAAGGUAGAUUAGCAUCUUGAUCUCGACUUUUUACCUAGAUCUCUUGUUUACAACUACGAUGGAAGUAUUGCAGAAUCAAAUCAAAUGAUGCAAAAAGUUUUGGAAGAGAUGAGUGCCAUGCAAAACGAUGAGACCCCAGAUGGUGGUAAUCUCAACUAUACAUUUAACAAUGAGGAAAGUUUUAUAAAAGCUGGAAGUCAAAGAGAUAGCAAGCAAAAGUCAAUGUUCGAUGACUCUGAGAGAUCAACUUAUAACAGAAAUAUAUUCUCAAAGGUUAGAACUCUCGAGCCUCCAUUGAAUGUUGAUGAUGAUGAAUGGGAAGAUGAAAAAUAUGAUGUUUAUAAUAAUCAAUAAAGAAUAAUGAAGUAGAAAAAGGACGAAUGGAGCGAUGAUGAUUAAGAGGACGAAAAAGAAGAAGAUGAGAAUGAUGAUGAAGAAAAUGACGAAAAUUAUUAUGAAAAGUUGGAUGCAAAACUCUCAAAUGACUAUCAUAUGAGGAAAGCAGCUGAAAGAUCAAAGCAAAAAAAGUUUGAUGAGGAAAAGAAGCGAAGAAUGCUCUAGGGUAUUUAGUUUGAAAAAAAUGGGUAGAAGUCAGGAGGGCUCUUAACUAGCAUUGCUAACAUUUUUACUUUCGGUUGUGCAGGAGCAAAUAAUAAAUGA